UCGUGGGUAGUAGGCAGUGUGUUUUUUCAGGAAAAGUGCAGGCGUUCACUAGCUGAGCUGGUAAUUAGCAUGACUAAUGCUGGCACAAACGGUAAAGGACAUUCUUUUACAGGCUGGGAGCAAGCCCCUAAGCUGAUGCACAAGUACCUUGUGGAUUUUACUGCAAUUUCCCUCAGAUCAGCUGCAGCAGUGACUGGAUGUUUUCAGGCAGUAUUAAAGCACCUCUUUGUUCUCGUCUGUUAUUGCUGAUUGGCAUAAAGGUUGUGUCAAGACUAUUCGCUAAUGAAGCCACUCGUGCAAAUCAAGAAGUCUGCCGUGCAUUGCAGCCUUCUGUUUUUGGAAUAAUUUUGUAAGUCUUAUUUUAGCUGAAAUGUCCUGAAGUAUCCAACUAAACCUGGAGUUUAGCAGGAUGAAUGUACAGAGAGAUGGAAGAGCAACAAGGAAUACUUUAUAUAUUGAUGACACUAAUGGAAAUAUUUCAGAAGGGGAACGUCUUACCAAGUGCUCAGAAUGUAAUGAGAAUAUUGAAGACAAAAAUCCUGUUAUUGACAGUUGCUACUCGAGUUUGGACACAGAAAGCAAACAUGGUGCCAGCAGCAGUUCUUCUCUGCCGUGUCUCAUUGCCCUUGAGCUGCAGGAAACUGUGGAUUAUACACAUAAACAAGCAGCAGAAUGCUGUACUUCCAGUAUAGACACUGAUGUAUCCAGAUGUAGUAAUCUAAGACAAGCACAAGCAAAUACAGUGGAGCUGGAUGAAACUGUAGACUAUAUUAACAAGAUACAAGUUAAUAACUUAUGUUUAUAUACAAACGUUACCCACAAUUGUACAGGGAAUGCAAUCAUGAAGGAACCUGAAUUUUUUAAAAAUGUGCACAAUACUCAGGACCAGAAUGGUGAUCAGUCUAUUCCUUACAUGCAGAAAUCAACAGAUGCUGAUUUUGACCAAACUGAGAUAGUAAGGACUGCAGAUCUAAACAAAAAUUCCCCUGGUGAAGGCAGUGGGAAUAUUACAUCAGACCAUAAGGACAUUUGCACAAUGAUAAAUAAAUCCAACACUAUGGAGUUUGGACAAUCAAAAAGUGAUUCAUCUUUUAAUGUUUCCUCAAUGUCAGUGUUCAGUGAUGAAAUGUGCAUGAGAAAAAACAGUUUUAUAUCUAGUGGUUCUGAUAAACCGCUCAGUACCUCAGUACUAGAAAGUUCAGGGUUACUAAAUUCUUCCAGCGAUGUAUGUUCAGUAUCUGUAAAACUAGGUAACCUAAUGCCAGAUUGUCACCAGGGUGACAAUUGUACCACAAAGGAUGUAAAUUAUCUUGAAGUGCCUCCGUUUAACACUGAUUCCAAAGAAAUUCUGCAAGAGGAAAUCUCCCCUGAGCAAAUUGUAUUAAAUCAGAAAAGUGAAAUGAACAAAACCACUGUUGGAAAAACUGCUCCGGCAAUAAAUGUGGUAGAUCAUAUACAAGAUCAAGAUGGCAAAAAUAGUUUGAACAAGGUGGACUCUGAAAAUCUGGGCUCAAAUCUAGACAUGGGAAAGCAGAGAGAAGAUAAUGGUGAUAAAGCCAAAGAUCUGAAUUGUGUAUAUGAUGCAGACCCAAUCUUGUUGCAUUCACCAUGUAACAAACCCACACUUAACAGUCCUGAAGCAAAAACCUCAUCUAGUGAUCUUUCUGGACAGAAUUGCGAGGACACCUUUUUAGUUACCAGCUCAAAUUCAGGGGCUAGUUUAAAGGCCUAUACGUCCACACCUUUACCAGAAUCAAAAAAUAUGACUUUCUCUGUUCCCAUUAUUGGGGACUUUGCAGCCUGCAAUAAACAGCAAAAAGAAUGUAUAUUGUUAGAGGAUGUGAAACUGAAUGGCAUAGAUGCAUUUAAUAUUGACUCCAUAAGUGAAACACCUAAACCAAUUAACAGAAAGGUGGCUGUGGUAAAUACAGUGGGUAAACCUAAGAAAAAUGAAGUUAUAAGCUUUCCUAAACCUAAUUUCAAAAAUGUAAAGUCAAAGAUAUUGACCAGACCGGCAUUACAAGCAAAGGAUAAACUUUCUCCUAGGUCACCCCAGCCAUUGUCCAAUGCAUCUUCGCCUGUUGCGUCUCCAAGAGCUCCUGUUUCUACUGUUAAAAUACUAAGAAAAAAAUCUGUCGUAGAACAAGAUUUGAAAACAGACUCAGUUAUUGCAAAAUCACAGAAACAGCCAAUUAAUAAGCAGCUCUUCCCUGGCCAAUCUGCACAUGCCCCAACCCAUUCUAAACUUGCUGUGAGCAAGGUUUCCAGGGCUGCUGCAGUGAAGCACACUUAUGACGAGCCGGACAGAGCAAGUUCUUUAAACUUAGCCCGCUCCUCUGGCUCAGCUGCUGCUGUAACCUGUACUGCAAGCUCUAGAUUGACAGAAAAUAAGAGUGAAAAAGCCAAGGUUUUUGUUAAGCCUGCAGCACCCAAUGUAGGACACAUGGGACCUGACAAGGCUGAGCAGAAUGGCAUUGCACAUACUCCCCCUCCUGAGAGAGAUGAUUGUGUUUCCGGGGAUAUUUUUGUCAACAUCAUGCCUUUGUCAUCUAACUUAGCGAAGUCAAGUACCAAGACUUUACACAAGGAGCUGGUAAAGAGCGCAUCUCAGCAAGUUGCUGUCCCAAAGGGAAGAGGACAGGCUCUGGGUCAGAGGAGAGGAAGUCUAAACAAGAACAUUAUGACCAUCCGGGUCUCUUCUCCUCCAAGAGUUGGGCAGCACAUAACUCCUGGUGGAGGAUGUAACACUCCCAAAGGAAAGCCUAAUUGUGUAAAAGCUUCACCAGCUUGUGGUACAAGAACCUUGCCCAAGUCAAGAGUACUUUGUAACGGACCAGCCCUUCAAAGAGCCCCUAGUGUAUCUUCAGUGUACAGCACCCAGAGCGAGCAGAGUACUCAGAGUACUAGGUCUACAGCAGGCAUCAGCGGCAUCAAAAUUGAAGAUGUACCUGCAAAAUGGCCACGACAAAACGGUGCCUCAGUGGCUCAGCCUUCAAAAUCCACGUUUUCAAGGGAUCGGUCACAGAGUCUUAAAGCCGCACAAACAGUUACAAGUGCGAAGAAGAUCUCUCCUUUGAAUAAAGCUGUUGCCAAACCAUCUGGGUCAUUGCCUUUGACAAAGAAAGUGGAAAAUAAAGCCAACCUGCCUGGUACGCUUGGUCUUCGGGGGCUCAGAAAUAUAACAGUUGAAAAAACAAGGAAGACCAGCCCAAGAGGUCCAGUCCAACAGACACAAGCUCCACCUGUCGAUGCAAAAACUGCAGAGUUAGCACAGUGCAAAACCCUAUGCGACCAGCAGCGAGGGAUAAUCCGCCAUUUGAAAAAUCUCCUGAUCAGCAGUAACCAAAAGUUUGAGGCUCUUACAGUGGUGAUCCAACAGCUUAUAACCCAGCGGGAGGAGGUUCUGAAGAAACGGAAAGAGCUUUCACAGGAACUUCUCAACUUGCGUGGAGACUUGGUAUCUGCCUCAAGCACAUGUGAGAAAUUGGAGAAAGAUAAGAAUGAGCUGCUGAUUGCAUAUGAAGGGAUUCUACAGAAGGUGAAGGAUGAACAUAAUGCUGAGCUGUCGGACCUGGAGGAGAAGCUGAAGACGUUCUAUACCGGCGAGUGCGAGAAACUGCAGGGAAUCUUCAUAGAAGAAGCUGAGAAAUACAAAAAUGAGCUGCAAGAAAAGGUUGAUAACUUGAAUACCACACAUGAAUCCUAUAGACUUGACUUGGAGACAAGCCACGUAGAUGAAAUACAAACACUGAAGAAAGAGUUUGAUAAGUCGUUAACAGAACUUAAAAGUACACAAGAAAAAGACAAUAAGCUAUUGGAAGAUUCAUUUAAAGAAAAACAAGCUGCAUUAGAGAAAAAAAUUGAUGAACUGAAACAGGAAAAUGAAUCCUUAAAGGAGAAACUAAAGGUGGAGGAAGAGCAAAGAAAGAUCUUCAAAGAAAAAUCUGGGCAGAAGAAUCCCCAGGUUAUGUAUCUGGAACAGGAGUUGGAGAGUCUGAAAGCCGUAUUGGAGAUUAAAAAUGAAAAAUUACAUCAGCAAGACAAAAAGAUUAUGCAAAUCGAGAAAUUGGUUGAAACCAAUACAAUCCUGGUUGAAAAACUGAACAAAUGUCAGCAGGAGAAUGAAGAUUUGAAAGCUCGUAUGGCAAACCACAUAGCCCUUUCAAGACAACUUUCUACUGAACAAGAAGUUCUGCAGAAGUCAUUGGAGAAAGAAUCUAAAGCAAACAAACGCUUAUCCAUGGAAAAUGAAGAACUUCUUUGGAAAUUACACAACGGUGACUUAUGCAGCCCCAAAAAGUUGUCCCCAUCUUCACCUGGAAUACCUUUCCAUUCUUCACGAAACUCAGGCUCUUUUUCCAGUCCAACAGUGUCGCCCAGAUGACACUUUAUGAACAAGGACUAAAACAUUUCAGGACUCUUUGAGACUGCUGUGGACACUAAUUGUGAAAGCAAAAGCUAUAUUAGCUACUAAAUAGGAAAUAUGACUGGAAUAUGGUGCGGGAAAUCCGUUAUGUGACGUACUGGAAAUCCAGGAGUAAGUCGUUGCUCCUUCAAGGAAAAGACUGUGGUAAAAUAUAUUUGAACGUUGUUGCACAAAGCACUUACCUUGCAAGAUGCAAUUCUUGCUUUUUUCUUUUUGCCUUUUUUCACCUACAAGUUUAUAGGGAAAAAAGCUCAGGGCUUGUAGAUAGAAAGAUCACAAACUUUAUAUAGUUUAUCACCUGUAUAUAUUGUGUAUCUUCCCGUUUUGGUUGGGUGGGUGUGAGUUGUGUGGGAGCUGAAUGAAAAACACUGGGGUUGUCUGCUUAUUGCUUCUUUCAUUACUCUGGACAAAGCAAAAGGGCAAACCUUAAUUUAAAACAAAAUUGGUAAAUUCACCAGAUUUUAGAAAACGGCGCAGAAGCUAGUUCUACAAUUUCCAAAAGGAAUCUGUUCCUAUUUCUAUGCCUAAAAACUAAUGUGCAUUUAUUUAAAUUAAAAAGAUAAUAGCCUUGGGAUUUGUGUUUUUUUUGUUUGUUUUUUAUUGCAGAAGUCUUGUGUGUUUAUACCUAAAAAUGUAGCGACGUUUUUUUCACCCAUGAUGUUCACAAUAUCCAUUGUACCUGCUUCUCUAUCGCAAAUUUAGACAUUUUACAUUGUGAUUUAUUUCUGACUAUGCAAAGUCCACGUUUAUAUUAAAGCUCCUUCUGUAUAUAAAUAUGUAAUUUGUGUCCCGCAUUUGGUGAAAAUACGCCAGUUGCACUGUAUUUCCUGUUCUCGGAGGGUUAUGACAGCGCUGUCUCUGAAUGGAUCCUUAUGAAUCUGCCCUCAUCGGCCUUUUUUAUUUAAAAUGAUUGUCCUUUUGCUUUCAGCAUAGUUAAGACCAAAUCGAUGGGUGAAGCUUUUGUAACUGGUGAAAAUCCUUAUUUACAAUGAUAAAAUUGUGUCCAAAGAAUUUUUGUCCCCUGUCAACUUUGUCAUCAGUUGUACAUUUUAUAUUUCCCACAGUGACAGUUGUCUUUUGUCUGAUCAAGUCUAUCUGGUAACACUGCCACUUGUGACAAGACCUCUCUGGCAUUAUGCAUUAAUCCCCUGUCGGUUGUCAUUUUAUUUAGGGCACUAAUGUGUUAAUAGCAAAUAUGGGCACAAAAAAUGUCUCGUUCUAGUUUUUGUUGUUGUUUUUUCUCUUUCCUUUUUUUUUAAAUUAUUUUUAUUUCCCUUUCAUCUGCAUCAUGAAAAUAUUUGUAGCUUAUAGGAAAUGUGGAUGUAAAAAUGAAUAAUAAAGCUGUAGUUGCUUGAUUUGUAAUGAUGGAAAUAUAUUCUGACAUGUAAUAAGAAAAUAAACUUAUUGGUGCAAUCAUUUUUCCUCAAACAUUCGAUAGACUUCCAGUCUUAUAGAUAUAGAGAAAUAGAUAUAUUUUUUUUUUAUGAUUUUGGAUAAUAUAGAAAACUGAAGCCUUGUAUCAAGAAUAUACUUGGAGACGAAACCACAAUUUUUUCCAUGAUUGAGAGCAUGCAAUUUUAAAUACAUUUCACAUUUAUUUCUAUUUAACUUGCUUUGUUCUUGGUAUCCUUGUUGAAAAGUAUACCUAGGUAGGCUCAGCAACUGGUGAUUGGUCGCUGCACAUAUAAGGCUUUCAGAUAGCUCCCAGUAGUGCAUUGCUGUUCCUUCAACAAAGGAUACCAAGACAAUAAAGCAAAUUAAAUUGGAAAGUUGUUUACAAUUUUAUGACUUUUCUGAAUCAUGAAAUACAUUUUUGGGAUGUCAUGUCCCUUUUAAAGGUUACUUAAAAUACAUUAGACAUUACAAUUCUAGGUUACUUUAUGUACUUAUUGAAUAGCAACAAAAUAUAUAAUUGGCUGAAAAUACCAAAUUCAGAUGCAGUGCUGCAAUGUUGGUGUGUUAGAGAUUAUUGGUUUUAUUGUGACAUAAAACACUGUAAUUGCUCUAUAACACUCGUCUGACUUUGUUCCAACACAACCAAAACAUUUUUUGUUAUAAACUGCCUUGUGUAUUGUAGUUAAUAUCUUGCAAAAACAAACUUUGGACUAAUUGCUCUACGAACUCUGCACAUAUUCGUCCAGCACAACUCCUGCUGAUUAAACACUGCCUCAUUCAGUAGCAAUAUUUAACACUGAACUGAACCAAUGUCAUUUUUAUCCCUGCAAGAUAAUAGAACUAAAUUUGAGAUAAUUACAUUAUUUACAGCAUAACAUUUUAUCGCUAGUUACCCUUUGAUGUUACAGUACCACUUUGGAGAAAUAUAGAAGUUCUAGUUCCAAGCGGAAACUGCUGCUGAGCCAAUCAGCAUCGCCAGUUGUGCAACCUAACUGUGCAACUAGCGCAAAUUAGCUCAGGGGCAGUUUCCGCUCUGCGGCUUCUGAUUUUGGUAUUUCAAAUGUGUUUUAGGAAUUAAACGCAUAGCAUUGCAUGGUCUCUAGUAAUAAAAUUACAUGCUCUAAAAAUAUUUAAGCAUGUAAUUUCUUUUUUUUAUUUCUUUGUAAAUACUAUAAUGGCCUUUUUAAAAAGACCGUGUUUAGCCAAGUGACAACACACACUUAUGAAUGCAUAUGCUUGCUUUAUACAUUGUCAUGUAAACGUGUUUCCCCAUUGUUUGUAAUGAGCCAUUUUACCUGCUGAAGUCUAUUAAAUUGGUUAUAAAUAGUA